CUUCCUGUGUUGCCGCCCUUGGGCAGAGUAAGUGAGAAAUCAAGCUCUGACGGCAUCGCGUUCAUUGUGAAGACUCGCAUUAUUUGGGGACUUUUAGUUAGGUCCCAUUAACAGGAAGCCUCUCCCUGGUCUGGAGCAGUGAGCUGGAGAGGGAACGUUGUGGCUGCGGUCUGCUGUUCAGUGUUGCUUAGCAAGCCAUAGCUGGCACCAUGGCGUUGUCAUUCAAGAAGGACCUGGAGAAGUACAAGGACCUCGACGAAGAUGAAAUCCUCAACAAACUGUCGGCGGAGGAGCUCAAACAGCUGGAGACGGCACUGGAAGAGAUGGACCCUGAGAAUGCUCUUCUCCCAGCGGGCUUACGUCAGAAGGACCAGACGGCUAAGGGAGCUACCGGGUCAUUUAACAGGGAUGGCCUUCUGAAGUACCUGGAGAAGGAAGCCAUGGAUUACAAGGACAGAGACGAUAUACUGUCCUUCACUGGGGAGAGAAAAGGUAAAGCAUUUAUUCCGAAGCAGAGACCGAUAGAAACACGCCAGGAAGAAGUCACAACCCUCGAUCCAGAACUAGAGGAGGCCCUAUCCAGCGCCACAGAUACGGAGCUGUGUGAUCUAGCAGCGAUCCUAGGUGUUCACACGCUGGUCACCAGUAGCCAGACAUACGAUGCUUCUAAAGACGGUUACAACAAUGUGGUCAAAGGGGAGAAGAUGAACCCAGUGUUUGAUGAGCCUCCCAAUCCCACCAAUGUAGAAGAAACUCUGCAGCGGAUAAAAAGCAAUGACGGCUCCCUAACAGAGGUCAACCUCAACAACAUCAAGAACGUUCCAAUUCCCACGCUGAAGGACUUCGCUAAAGCCAUGGAGAAGAACACGCACGUCAAGAAGUUCAGCCUGGCAGCAACACGGAGUAACGACCCGAUUGCUGUGGUGUUCAGUGAAAUGCUACGAGAGAACAAGACGUUGCAAAGUUUGAACUUGGAGUCCAACUUCAUCACCGGGACAGGGGUGCAGGCUUUGGUUGAUGCGUUGCGAGACAAUGACACCCUCACAGAGAUCAAGAUAGACAACCAGAGGCAGCAGCUGGGUACUACCGUAGAGAUGGAGAUUGCUAAAAUGUUGGAAGACAACAACAGCAUAGUGAAGUUUGGCUACCACUUCACCCAGCAAGGACCUCGCUCCAGAGCUGGCGCAGCUAUCACCAAGAACAACGACCUGGUCCGCAAAAGGCGAGUGGAAGCGGACCUGUAGGGACGGAGCCCCACCUGCCUCCCACCCAAUCCUCUUGUUUCAUCUCACCAUGUGGAAUACUCUCCAGCGAUGCCCUGGUCUCAUCUCACUGUGUGGAAACUUAAGUCUUGUGCCAAACUGUGGGGCAAGGCGCGCUCAACCCGGAACAUGCAUCUGAGAAGAAGGGAAAUAACUGGAAUUGCCCUCCCCCAUUUACAUGUUCAUACUUAUGUUUAUUAUUAUAUUGUUAUUGAAGGUGUAAAUUGGAUUAGCUUUUAGUCAUCUUGUUUUUUUGAGCCUUUAUGUGAUCUGUCCAGACUUUUCACUUUUCUUUUCUACUACGCUAUAAUCAUGUGGAAUAAACAUGCACAUUACCAAGUAACAGACACAACAAUAACAGCUCAGUGUAAACAAUAACUAACAUUGAGGGAGCCCUGUAUACAGUGGUAGUUUGAGGCCUAAGCUCCCAGAGGAACACCUGUAUCACGAACUAGCAGAAUUUGACAUCAGAUCGUUAGAGACGGCUCUGAAGUCGAUGUUGACGUCGGCAUCGGGAAGUGACGGGAAGCAAAGUCAGACCGGUCUGUUAGAACCACAGCUUACUGGCAGAAUGCUGACGGUCAUCAGGAAACAUGAGGCGCCAUGUGAUCAGAUCACCAUUUACUGGGGUGGCCUUGUAAAGCUGGCUUGACUUGUGUGUGUUUUAACGGUUAAGUUUGUGUUUGCCUCAAGUCAGAUGCUGGCUCACCCUCUUAUGUGAAACGAAUACUGUACGCAGCAGUGCAUAGUGUUUUAUAUAUCUAAACCCGUUUAAUCUAAUCUAACAUCUUGUUUUCAUACGGUUCAAAUUCUGAUGGUGGUUAUUCUUAUCACUUUUUUUCCCUUAACAGGAAGUUAUAACUGGGUCUGGAUAUUUUGGGGCAAGUAAAUUUGGGAUUGUACUUUAAAAGUAAGAGGAUAUUAACGUCUGCUCAACACACAGGGUUCCUCUGAUGCUUCACCAUGCCAAAGACUAACACAAGCAGUGCUUAGAGUGUCGAUAUGUAACGGAAUGGUGAGCGGUUCGGGUUUUUGGCUUUGUCAGCUUCAGUCAUUUCCUCGCAGUAUACAAAGCAGCAACGAUCAAGAAUCUUUUUAGAUCACAUCAUGCCAUUACACUUUGUGUUAUUUGCCAUUUAUAGCACAAUGAUCAGCAAGCAGUUCACUGAGAUCGGCAAACACUUUCUCUGUUUUACCUCCCAGGUUUGCGACUACUUUGUGAAAUGUUUUUAUGAACUGCAUCUCCCGGAUAGAAAGUCUUCUUAAAUUUCACCUCUCACACCCUUGGUCACACUGUCGCUCAGCAGCAUCUCAGCAGUAGCAUGUCAUUCAUUAUGUAACAGAUAACAACAUGCUCUGCGUGCCUCACACUGAACUUCCUGAGGUACACUGACCUGCUUGAGAUGGGUUUAACAGGACUAAUUCAGGAUUACUUGAAACUUGUAUGUGGAGUUUUAUGUGUAAUAGGAACAAUAUGCUGGUAUCAAUGUCACUCGUGAACAUCGUGUUUCUAUUGACCAAAAAUAGUUCUUUCAUCCAAACGGCCUCGCAUUCCUCGGACAAGAAUUGUACGGCUGAGUUCAGCACGUUGGGUUUUUAUAUCUGUGUACUUCGUCCGCGGUCAUGUCUGCUCGUAUUUCUUCUUGGACCUUUUUGUUUUCACAUUCCUGUGCUUUGCCGGUGGACAGUCAGCUAAAGUGGAAAACUGCGUCUUUGCCUGGGCGUGAUACGAAUAUUCUGUGAUUCAUAAUGUGUGUUUUAAUUGUAAAAUGCCAUCUCAAAAUACAAAGUGAGCACACACUUAAGUUUCUACAAAACUGCGAUGUUUUUUUGUUUUUUACUUUAACUCAAAACCCAGGUUUAGACUUAAAAUAAGGAAUAUGUACUAUUAUAAAACCACAAGACUGGUGAAACGCACUGCUGAAUAUACGAUAUCCUCAAUAAAUGUUUUUACAUACUCUA